GAAAUAUAAUUUGACAAUUGGCAUAUUGAUAUUGCUUUUCAUUACGAUUUAUCUUUACGUCUGAAAAUUCGUAAUUUUUCCUUCACAAUAUGUAGUGGUAUUCACACAAUAAUAGAUUAAUUACUGUAAAAUGUCUCUCGAACAAACAGCAUGCGAUGAUCUGAAAGCGUUUGAACGACGCCUGACUGAAGUAAUAGCAUGUUUGCAACCGGCGACGACUAGGUGGCGAAUCUUGCUGGCAGUAGUGUCAGUCUGCACAGCGAUCGCAGCGUGGCACUGGCUAACAGACCCGUUAACUCCAGUAGUCUCUCUAACUCAGUCCCUGUGGAACCACCCUUUCUUCGCUUUCACUUCUACAUUUUUAGUUCUCUUGUUCAUGAUGGGUGUCCACCGCAAAGUGAUCGCGCCGAGCAUCGUCACCGCGCGCACGCGCGCCGUGCUCAACGACUUCAACAUGUCCUGCGAUGACAGUGGGAAACUCAUCCUGAAACCUCGCCCCGCCAACACUUAAUGUAAAUAUUAUUUAAGAAUACAUUACUUUGUAGAUUA